AUGUUCAGUGCUCUGAGAGAGACAUUCAUCUGUCAAGAAUUUCCAGUUCUUUUAGAGAGUGGAGAAGGCGGGCGCGUCGGCGAGUGGGGAAAGGCCGGCGCUGGCGUGGCGUGGCGGUUGCCAAGGCCCGGCGCCGUGCGUUGCCAAGGCAACCAACGGCGCUGCUGGCGGUUGCGCCGCGUAGGCCCGAGAGCGGGGAGCGGGUCCGGCUGGAGGGCCGCCAUGAACUCCCCCGGCAGCAGCGGCGGCGGCAGCAGCGACGGGCGCAGUAGCAGCAGCAGCAGCGGCGGCGACGUUAUCAGCGGCGUCAGCAGCAGGGCCACCAUCGGCUCCACCGCCUCGGUUCUGGCCGAGCUCAACUGGGACGAUGGGUUCGCCAUCCCCGUGGCCAGCGAGGAAAACAAGAGGCUGGAGGAAAAGUUUCGGAAUAUGCAAAAAGAAAAGGUCAGCAUCGAAAAUCAGGUGGCUGACUACGAAGAGCGUAUUGCAGCAAUGACGGCACACUUAAAGAACGUCAAACAGGAAUUUAAUUUGACACAGUCUCUUUCCAGAGCAAGAAAGAAUGAAAUUGAAACCGAAAAGCAUUUUAAAGCCAUUGCAGAAAGAGAAGUGGGACGCCUGAAAAGUGAGAUUAAAAGGCUGGAGAAUGAGAUGGUUUCAUUAAGGGAGAAGAAAAAUAGUCAAGAAAACAGUGUCUUCAAAGUGACACAGAAGCUGGAAGCCUUAAGAUGCCAAAUGAACUGGGACCAACAAGCAUUAGAGGCUUGGUUAGAAGAGUCUGCUCGUAAAGACAAUGAUGCCAUGGUGAUCCAGAAAUAUGCCCAGCAAGAUGAUGGGAAAUUAAGGGUGCUGACUUUGAAGAUAGAAUUACUGACUGAAGACUGUAACCGCAGGCGCAAAAUUCUCGACAACGAGCUGACAGAAACCCUAGCCGCUCAGAUCGAGUUGGAUAAGGCAGCUGAAGAUUUCCGCAGGGUUCAUCACGAGAGACAAGAGCUUAUCAAACAGUGGGAAAACACCAUAGAACAAAUGCAGAGAAGAGAUCAAGAAAUAGACCAUUGUGGCUUGCUGUUAGCCCAGGCCAGGCGAGCGAUACGAGCCAAGGAAAGCGUGCUUAAAGACAAAAUCCAGUUUCUGGCGAAUGAGAGUGGCAAUAACAUGGAGUACGAGAAGAGAAUUGGCGUAGCUGAUCGGCAGGCUGCCAGGCUGAGGCUAGACUACCAGAAAGAGGAGAGUAAUCGAAACCAGCUGCAGGAUGAGAUGGAUACACUGAAAGCGACUGUAGAUGGGACCGCUUCUGAACUAGAACUGAUGAGAUCCUCUGUAGCUAACCUGAAAAAGGAAAUCCAGGAGAAAUCACUACGGCUAAACUUCAUCAAGGACCAGAACGAAAGCCUGUCAAAUAAAUUGAAAUCUGUGACGGAUCAUGCAUUGACACUCGAAGAAAAAGCAGCCAAGAUGGAAGAGAUACUGAAGGAGAAGGAGAAAACCAACAAGGAAAAAGAAACCCUGGCUCUUCAGUUGCGAGACACACAAUUCAAGAAAACCAAGGAGUUACAAGCACUGAAAGAAAAAGAGAAAGGUCUCCUGUCUGAAAUCGACGGACAUCGUGGACUGAUGAAAAACCUCUACCUCCGGUUACACCGGCUGGAUGUGGAGACUCUCAGGCAACAAGAAAUCAUGUAUACUCAGGAUUUUUAUAUUCAGCAAGUGGAGCGCAGGCUGUCACGCUUAAAGGGGGAGCUUAAUACAGAUGAGAGGCAAAUUUUAGAAGCAAAACUUGAGGAACUUACAAAGAUUGCAGAUAAAAAGAAACAAGCAUGCAAUGUUUUACAAGCUCAGCAGAAGAAACUUCAGAAUGAUAUACACUUUAUCAAGUUGGCUAUGAAUAAGACCGGAGAAGAAAUGGCUGGCCUGAAUACCAGAGUGGAUGAGCUAAACCUUUUCACUGACAAAUCUGAGAAGUUGCUAAAAAAAGCCAGAGCAGAUAAGCAGGAUCUGAUGAUUGAAGAUAAUCUUUUAAAGCUGGAACUGAAACGUGUGAGGAAUAUGCUAUACAACAAGGCAGAGAAAGUUCUGUCUCUUGAAAAACGCAAGCAACAGCUAAAAACAGCGAUGGAAGAAAGGACGGCGGAGAUUAAAGUUCAUAAGGCAAUGCUGGAGAACCAAAUCAGGAUUGCGGAGCAGGAGCGGCAGACUAUGAGUACCGAGUUUCAUGAACGAUUAAGUAAAAUUGAUAAACUGAAGAGCAGGUACGAGAUCGUCACCAUCGUCAUGAUGCCCCCGGAAGGAGAAGAGGAGAAAAGUCAGGUCUAUUACGUCAUCAAGACUGCUCAGGAAAAGGAGGAUCUGCAGCGUGAAGGAGAUGCUUUGGAUGCCAAGAUCCAGCGCGCCGAAAAAGAAUGUGAUGCCUUGAAGAACACCCUGCACGUGCUUAAUAAUUGCAACAGCAACUACCGAAACUCAUUCAAGAAAGUCACAGAGAACAGUGAAGAGUAUGAAGAAAAGGUGCAACUGGAAAAAGAGAAAAGAGCUGCUGAUGAGAAAUACAGAUACAAGAGAAGGCAGAUUAAGGAGCUGCAGGAGGAUAUCCAGGCCAUGCAGAUUACCCUUGAUAACCUUUCGAAAGAGGAAGCUCUGUGCAAAGAAAAAUCCAAGGAGAAAAAUGCACUUAUUGUACAGCUGACCAAAGAAAUAGAUUACCAAAAGCCCAAACUAGAACGAGUCAUAAAACAGGUUUUCCGAUUAUCCAGAGAGCUCCGCUCGCUAAAGAAGACAACGUCAGAAACACUAGAAGAACAAGAUAUUGAUUUUCGUGAGCUGAAAGACUUCAGCAAAUCUGUUGAUAAAAUGCUCCUCGAGAUUUCAGAGGCAAAUCCAGAUUUAAGCUCAGUGCUCCAGACAUAUUUUGAACAGGCUGCCAUAUCCUUUCCUGCUGUUUCUUGCCGACAUAGUUCUCGCUCAUCUGGUCACAGCUCUUCAACCUCGAGCAUCUCUCUGAAGAGCUCAGCUUCAUCUUCUAGUCAGGCACACCUCAAAGUUGUCUCGUUGACUUUACCAUCUACUUCUGUGAUGUCUUCACGCCCUUCAACCCAAAGUAGCAGCUCCAGCACUCCUCACAGCAGAACUCCAAAAUAGGGCUGAGUGUUGCAGAGCACGGAAUGUGCUAUUGUUUUAAGAGAUUAGGUGUUACAGCAUUACUUAGAAAUAUUUCUAUUAAACUGUGGUAUAUUUUAUUGAUGUAGGUAAGUAGCUGAAAGUUAUCAACUUUAGGUUAUGUUGGAAAAACGUAAGUUUAAUAAAAGUCUUA